CUUCCCGUCUCUGUCCUCGCCUUCGUCUCAAGUGUGAGCCCUGCGUCACCUCGCUGGUCGUCGCCCCUCCUUCUUCUCCUUGCGUCUUUGAUGGCGUUGCCCCGAGCGAAGGGUGACCACUAUCGCUAGUGCUACAGCUACUAGAGUCGGCACCUAAAUUGCGGACAGGUCAAGACAAUCCUAUUCCGAAAGUCGCGCUCGUGCCAACGUAAAUAAUCCAUUACAUCCCCCCAGACAAAUAGUAGCAGUAGUCGCUGUGGUCGCAACGUACCAUCACACGAAACAGAGCGACACAAACGAGCCUUUUCCAAUGGCGCUGCCAAACAAUGCCAGAGGCCAAAUUCAGGCCCUCUUGGCAGAGGCGGAGCGGGCCUCGUCGUCGCUCUUCUCCAGCAAUCGGCAGGGGAAAGACAGCAGCACGUUCCAACUCCUUCUCCACCCUCCUCUGCCUGCCAUUCUCGCCCCACUCCCGGGUCUCUUCCGACUGCUGGCUUUUCUCGUCGUCGCGCCCGUCAUCUUUGUCACGCUCGUCGACUUUGCGGGCUACGCAGUCUUCCGGACCCUGGGCUUUCGCAGAAGGAGGGUGCGCGUCAAGCAGCCACUGCUUCGCAGACGGAGCGACUCCCGUCCUGAUGCGUCCAGCCCUCGCAAGUUCCCCACCGGCAACACAUCGACACCAAGAACGCCAGGACCCGCGCCGCUCCUGCCGCCUGGCGCCUACGAUGCUGAGGAAUUGCUGCGACACCGCGCGAGGAGCGCUUCGUCGGGAUCCCAGGCAGAGGCUGCCGAGGAGUGGACGAGGACGGGCGGCACCUUUGCAAGGGUCAGCACCGUGCGAGCGAGAGAGGCUGCCGCCGCUGCCGCAGCAGCAGCAGCCGCGGCGACAGAAACGAGGAAGGAGGGAGGAGGACAGCCUACGUCAUUCUCAGCAGGAGAGAGCAGCAAUCCUGUCUCGCCUCCCGAUUCGCCCCGAUCUCUAUUUGCAAGGACAAAAGGUAUCGGUGUCGAAGGCGCUCUUGGCUAUUUUGACACCGAUGCGGAAGACAGCGGCGCAGAGAGUGGGAGCAACAGUCCGGUGGUGAUGAGGAGCACUGGCAGGAGGGGCCUCAAGAGCGACAAACUCGGCUUCACACCAAUGGAAGGAACGGCGGCGACGAAGCAGCAGGCAGCAGUUGUGGCCGAUCUUGAAGAUCAGAACGUCCUCAACGUCUCGUUGUCAGGCACAGCAGCAGAAGGGUCCUCCAGGGGCAGCGGCGCUACAUCGCCCUACUCAUUCGUCGGCGGCUCAAAUGAGCGUUCGCCCACAUUCGGAGCAGACAGUAAUUCAUCUUGGAUCGGCGUAGAAGCGGCACCGGCAUUGGACAAGGACGCCUUCAUGGCUGCUGCCGCUGACUUAGAACCCUUCCACAAUGCCAGCAGCAGCGCGCAGUGAUCUCGCACACGGAAGGAGAGCACGUCCUGUCAAAUACGCCUGCAUCUUUUCUUCUCUUGACUCAUUUGAAUUGAGAUUCGACUCGAUGAUCAUUAGCCUUGGGCGGACACGAGUUACUACUACACUACUGCCAC